AUGUUGCUCCGACUUCGUGGGCCGGAUGGCAUGGUCAGAUUGACGGUCGAGCAAUCAAUGACGUUUGGUGAGCUGGGGCGCCAGUUGUUGCCGCAACUUCCCAGCUCCGUCGAUCCCUCAACCGUCACGCUAUCCAAUGCGCCGAAUGGAGGUGACGCAAAGGUCUUGGCCGACAUUGCAAAGUUCAAGGUUGGGCAAAUCGGGCUAAGACAUGGCGACUUGAUUUUCAUCGACUACAAGCAUGCUGGAAGCGCAACCAACGGCGCCACAAAUGGCGAGCCCUCGUCGCUGCCGACCUCGGCGAGACUCAACGGCAAACCCGUGCUGCCCCUCGAAGACGUGCCCAUCAAUCCAUCCCCCAAGAGAAUUUCCAAGCCUUGGGAAACGGUCCGACAAUCUGCGCUCGAUGAUCGAUUAGACAAGCUAGACGGCAAGAUUGCCAGGGGGCGGGAUAAAAUGUGUCGUCAUGGACCCAAAGGCAUGUGCGACUACUGCCAGCCUCUCGAUCCGUUCGAUCCGGCCUAUCUCGCGGAGAAGAGAAUUAAGUACCUAUCGUUUCAUUCGCUUCUCCGGAAAACCAACUCGUCGACAAACAAGCCAGAGCUGGGCAGCUCGUACAUCCCUCCCCUUGUGGAGCCUUUUUAUCGAGUCAAACGGGAUUGUCCCGCGGGACAUGCUCCAUGGCCCGAAGGCGUGUGCACAAAUUGUCAACCAAGCGCCAUCACUCUCAACCCGCAGCCGUUCCGUAUGGUGGAUCACGUCGAGUUCGCAUCGCCAGCCAUUAUCGACAACUUCAUCGACGCAUGGCGCAAGACUGGCGCCCAACGCAUCGGCUUUCUCUACGGACGAUACUCGGAGUACACAGAGGUUCCCCUGGGGAUCAAGGCUGUUGUAGAAGCCAUAUACGAGCCGUCGCAGGUAGACGAGGUUGACGGGAUAACACUCAACGCCUGGGAGAAUCAGAAGGAGGUGGAACACGUUGCGCGUCUCUGCGGUCUCGAGCCGGUCGGCGUCAUCUGGACUGACUUGCUCGAUGCUGGCCGCGGCGACGGGUCCGUUAUCUGCAAGCGACAUGCCGACUCGUACUUUUUAUCUUCCCUCGAGGUCUGCUUUUCCGCAAGACUCCAAGCCCAGCACCCCAAGGCCACCAAGUGGAGCGACACGGGCCGGUUUGGCUCCAAUUUCGUCACGUGCGUCAUUACUGGCAACGAGGAGGGCGAGAUUGGCAUCUCGUCGUACCAGAUGUCGAACGAAGCGGUGGAGAUGCUGAGGGCCGAUAUCGUGGAGCCGUCCGCUGACCCGACCGUCAUGCUGGUUCGAGAUGAAGAAGAGGAUGACGGCUCGGCGAGUCGAACUCGGUACAUCCCCGAGGUCUUUUUCCGCAAAAAAAACGAGUACGGGGUCAGCGUCCAGGAGAACGCGAAACCCUCCUUCCCAGUAGAGUAUCUUUUCGUCACCCUCACUCAUGGGUUCUUGGCCGAGCCCAAGCCAGUCUUUGUCCAGCCGAGGUUCCCCAUUGAGAACCGCGAGUAUUUUGGAGAGAGCCAAGAUUAUUCCGCUCUUGCCACAGCUCUCAAGCCAUCCUCGGGCCGCACGGGCGAUGACGGCCAAGAGGUUUCCAACUUUCAUCUGCUUUGCUUUGUCCACCAGAUGGGGAUUCUAUCCAAGGACGAGGAAGCCUUGCUAUGCCGAGUCGCGAGCCAACAUGACCUGGCCGACUCGUUCCAGCUCCGUUCAACAGAGGGUUGGCAGACUCUGCAAGCCAUCCUCCAAUCGGCCGGUGAGCGACUCCCCAAGCGUCCACGGCAUGGUGAAGACGCCGCCAUCUGCGUGGACUCCCCUGCUUUUGCCUCGUCGUCGCCUCAAUUGAGAGCGCAGCCGUCGGGUGAGCCACUGACUAAACGUUUUGCUGCCUUCAGGCUGAACAAUCCACGGACGCCGAUUAAAUAA